AUGGAGAAAAUCAUUUUUAUUCUGCUAGGAUUGUGCAUUGUAGGAGCUUUUGGAGAGGAUGAUGAUCCCUGUGUGUCCCACAGCCUGUUGACAAACAAUGGUGAAAGAAGUGCUGGGGUGAGGCUUGAUGUGGACACUCGGCCACCAUUGUCAGACAAACAGGCACUGAUUCCAGGGUGGUAUCGUGUUAACUCUCCAGGCGGCAAUGAAAUCCCCAAUAUGUGUGUGGACCUCAAUUACUGUAGUACCAACUUUCCUAUAUGGAUGAAUGAUGUAAGGACAUCGUUCCCGCCAAACAGGGUAGUUGAUAUAGAGGGCUGUGUUCAUACCAGAAAUGGUUGUUGUGGGGAGAAACUCCGACUGAAGGUUAAGAACUGCAGAGAUUUUAAUGUCUACAAAUUGGUGAAACCACCAGGC